UGCGCAACAAGUCCGCGGAGGUCGUGAGAGGAAAGUGCGCGAUGAGAGCGAGAGUGAGUGACGGCGCGGCGCGGCGCGCAAGAGCCCGGACAGGAGAAGGAUUUCAACUUCCUUCUUCGGCACCGACUCUCCCCUGAUUGAUGCUCCUUGCUCGUGAAAGGGGAAAAAGGGAAAAAAGAAAAAGGACGCGUUCGGUGUAUAAAAUGUAUCCGGACUUGGAGAGCGCGCCGUUGGAAGUCCCCCCCGUGCCAACCGGCGCAGCAGCGCAGAAGACGACCCGAGGGCACUGACGACAGGCGGACGCAUCAGAGACCGGGGAGGGGGUUCGACAUGCAGCGUUGGGCACCGGCCUGGUCAAACUUCACCCCGGGGCUCAGCGGCGGAAGCGGCGUGAGAAGUUCGCAGCUCUCGGCCACGCGGCGGCAGGUGAGCGGCGCGGCGCGACACCCGGACCGCGGCCCGGCCUCGGGCAGGGGCAGGGGCCAGGCGGCGUGAAGUGGUCCCGACCGGUGCCAGGAGCCCGGAGGACAAUGACCUGACGGGAGCGCGCGCGCGUGCGUCCUACCCCUCGUUUUCCUUCCGAGACGAAGCUCAGUCCACCGCCAUGGCACCGGCGGCGCUGCUGUGCGCCCUGGUGCUCGCGCUCGGGCUGUGGGAGUCCGGCCUGGGCAGCGGGAGCUGUCCCGACCUGACCGUCGACAGCUGCCACUGCUCGGCGGAGCGGUCCAAGGAGCUGAGCCGCCAGCACGUCCGCGUCAAGGUGGCGUGCGAGGACGUGGAGCUGACGGACCCCCUGCAGCCCCGCUUCGUCCCCAACACCACGGUGUCCCUAAACCUGAGCAACAACAAGAUCUCCCUGCUGAGGAACGGCUCCUUCUAUGGCCUGGCUGCCCUGGAGAAACUGGACCUGAAGAAUAAUUUGAUAAGCACGGUGGAGCCCGGGGCCUUCCGUGGUCUGCUGGCUCUGAGGAGACUGGACUUAUCCAACAACAGGAUUGGCUGUCUCUCCCCCGAAAUGUUCCUCGAUCUGGGAAACCUCUCAAAAUUGAAUUUAUCUGGCAACAUCUUCUCCACCCUGACUGUGGGACUUUUUACACACCUCGUGGCUCUCAGAGUGCUGCACUUCCACACCGAGACUCUAUUCUGUGACUGUCAGCUGAAGUGGCUGCUCCUCUGGGCCCGGAGCAACUCGGUGAGGAUUGGGAACGACACGGUGUGCGUGUUCCCCAACCGCCUCCAUGGCUUGGAGUUCCGCAACCUGCGCGAACAGCAACUCAAAUGUGAUGGACCUCUGGAGAUGCCCCUCUUCCAGCUCAUCCCCUCCCAGAGGCAACUGGUUUUCCGCGGCGACCGACUCCCCCUGCAGUGCACCGCCUCCUACGUGGACCCGUCGGUGGAGCUGCGGUGGCGUCACAACGGCCACACCGUGACCACGCAGGAAGACCGGGGCGUCGAUGUGGAGGAUACCCUGCUCCACGACUGCUGCCUGCUGACCAGCGAGGUCGUCCUCUCCAACAUCGACGUGGGCAUCGCUGGCAUCUGGGAGUGCCUGGUGACCAGUUCCCGUGGCAACGCGUCUCAGCAAAUGGAAAUAGUUGUCCUGGAGACGUCAGCGCCGUACUGCCCCACUGACAGAGUCACCAACAACAAGGGGGACUUCAGGUGGCCGAAGACUCUAGCUGGGAUCCUGGCCUUCCUGCCCUGUGCUCCUGCGACCUUCGGCUCGGCGCCCCACCCCUCCGGCGGCGCCCCCAGCCCUGCCGGCCAGAGAGAGAAGAAGGCGUGGCGACGCUGCGACCGGGCCGGACGAUGGGCUGAAGAGGACUACACCCAGUGCCCGUAUGCCAGUGAGCUGACCCGCGUGCUGCACGAGCUCACCCAGAUAACCAUCAACACCACCAACGCUCAGCCGUUGGGCCAGCAGCUAGUGACCUUCACCAGCAGGGCGGCGCACUUCACCGACGUCAUGGACGUCAUCUUUGUCACACACCUGGUGGAGAGGCUGACGAGGCUGGUCGAGAAACGCACAGACCUGGGGGACUACAUCUCAGACAUAGCCAGUAACAUGAUGCUUGUGGAGGAGCACAUCCUGUGGAUGGCCCAGAAUGAGGCGCGGGCGUGCACUCGGAUCGUCCAAUGUGUGGAGCGUAUCGCUGACCUGGCACUGACCAGUGACAAUCGGGUCAUUUCUAAGGUGUCUGCUAACAUAGCUCUGGAGGCGUUUCUGAUCCGCCCGUCGAACUUUCUUGGCCUGUCCUGCACGGCACUCCAGCGGCCCACCUCAUUCGCCCCCUCCCCACUCCCUGACAGCCACUCCCACGCUGACAGGGGCACGGGCAGAGAGCGUGACGCCGCGGGGGAAUCGAUGCUCAACUUCAAAUGCCACACUGUCAACAACAGUGACUCGCCGUCCAGUCAGAUCAGCAAGAACUCUGUGGCAGUCGCCUCCAUCCAUUUGCCGCCGGCUGCCGGUGCGCCCGCCGCCGCCGCCGCCGCGUUGCAAUCUGUUGAUAACUCCACUUGCAAGCUGCAGUUCAUCGUGUUCCGCAAUGGGAAACUCUUCCCUUGCACGGGGAAUUCGUCAAACCUCGCCGACGACGGGAAGCGCAGGAGCGUUUCGACACCAGUUGCUUUCACCAAAUUAGAUGGGUGCAGCUUCGGGAGCGCCGUGCACUCCGUGACGAUCGCGCUCAGGCACUUCGCUCUGGGUGCAGACCCCACCGCAGCCUACUGGGACUUUGACCUGCUGGAUGGACACGGCGGCUGGAGGGCGGAGGGCUGCCACAUAACGGGCUCCGGGGGCAACACGACCACCAUUCAUUGCGCCCACCACAAUAACUUUGCAGUGCUAAUGGAUCUGAAGAAGGUGCUGUCUUUACCCCCAUACCCUGGGGAGUUUUUGCACCCGGUCGUGUAUGCCUGCACGGCGGUCAUGUUGCUCUGCCUUUUCGCCUCCAUCAUCACGUACAUUGUGCACCACAGCGCAAUCCGCAUCAGUCGGAAGGGAUGGCAUAUGCUGCUCAACUUCUGUUUCCAAACGGCUCUGACCUUCGCCGUGUUUGCCGGCGGCAUCAAUCGAAUCAAAUACCCCAUCAUCUGUCAAGCAGUCGGGGUCGUGCUGCACUACUCGUCCCUGUCGACCAUGCUGUGGCUCGGGGUGACGGCGAGGAACAUUUACAAGCAGGUGACCAAAAGGCCUCCGCAGAGCCAAGAUGGCGACCCGCCUCCGCCCCCGAGACAGCCCCUGUUGAGGUUUUAUUUAGUCAGCGGCGGGGUGCCCCUCAUCAUCUGCGGGGUCACGGCAGCCGUCAAUAUAGACAACUACGGCAGCGGGGAGCAAGCGCCCUACUGCUGGAUGGCCUGGGAGCCCAGCCUGGGAGCCUUCUACGGCCCCAUGGCCUUCAUCGUCCUGGUGACGUGCGUCUACUUCCUCUGCACAUUCGUCCAGCUGCGUCGGCACCCUGAAAAGAAGUACGAGCUCAAGCAGCUGACGGAGGAGCAGCAGAGGCUGGCCGCCGUCGAUGUGCCGACCCACUGUCAUCAGGGAGCCGAGCCCGGGGCCCUGGCAGCCCCGCCCAGCGGGAGCCACUGCCCCGCUGGCUGCCCGGGUGUCCCCAUCAACCCGGCGCUGCUGGCCAAUGAGCACUCCUUCAAGGCUCAGUUACGAACCACAGCCUUCACCCUUUUCCUGUUCUUAGCCACCUGGACUUUUGGCGCACUGGCCGUGUCGCAGGGCCACCUCCUGGAUAUGAUCUUCAGCUGCCUCUACGGUGCCUUCUCCGUCACCCUGGGCCUCUUCAUCCUCAUCCAUCAUUGUGCCAAGCGUGACGACGUUUGGCAUUGCUGGUGCUCCUGUUGUCCUGGACGACGAGCCGACGCCUGCUCGGGCGCCCACGGGCCUGCCCCAGCGCGGCCCAAGGUGAACGUGAACGGAGAUAACCCCGGCCACGGCCAUGGCCACAGCCACUGCCACCAUGACUCACCAUGUGUGGGCAAAGCACUGAUGAGCUGCAGUCAUGGCACUUUAGGUCACUGUAAACAUGCCGCCCUUCCAUCCUCGCAAAACCACGUGGCGUGCUUGGCACCGGUGACGCCGUGCUGCGCCGCCCUGCAUAGCCAGCAGCUGAUGGAGGAGGAGCCUACGGCGACUCAUGUACUGCUGCACGCGGACCCCGAGGGUUACAGGCCGGGGAUCCAGUUGCACCCCUGCCUAAAGAGCAGCACCAGGACUAAAGGCCGUCAAUUCAGCCGCCGGGCUGGGGCCGGCACUUGUGGAGCAGGGGGCGAGAGGGAAUACGCCUAUCACAUCCCCUCCAGCGUGGAUGGAGGCAGCGUGCACAGCUCACACACUGACAGCCCGCACAGCACACACGAGCGUCACGCCCACAUCUGUCCACAUCUGGCCCACGAAUGCCACCAUGACGGGCAUCACACGUGCCACGCUGCUGCGGCCGCCGCGCAUGAGGCCCUGGUGUGCCACAAUCCCUGCCACAGGCACAUCUGCUGUGCCAAGGCAGACCUCCUCCCUUCGCUGUGCCCGGCAGAUCCAGGCGACACAGGCAUCUUCCUGUGCGGCUGCGGCAAAGUGGCCGAGGAGGACCCGACGGCAGCGCAUCACCAUCUGGAGAUGCAAGCCCCGCGCAGACAAUCCUACCCCCAGAACCUGCCCAAUCAGAAUGGUAUUCUAAAAGGGGGCCUGCACGAAGGACUCAUGUACACCUCGGACAGCACGGGGAAUAUACGCACUGGACCCUGGAAAAAUGAAACUACUGUGUAGCGUGGGAAGGAAAAAUAUGGGAGACGGGCAGCGCCCCCGCCUCGUCCCGCCAAAAAUAAACCCUCACCUACCUUUAUAGAAUAAAAAAAACAAGAAUUGAAUAACAUAUUUGAACAUCACAAUCAGCGUGGGAUAUUUUUAUUUUAACGUCCUCAUGUUUUUAUGUGUGCUGUUUUGCUGUACAGAAUCUGAUAUAUCAUGUAAAUGCUCCCUGUAGAGCAUCCAUUCACAAAACAGAAUCUCUUCCAUCGAGAGGAAUUUGUGAAAUAUGUGUCACAUCAUCCCAUCAGAUGUAAUUGAAGGUAUCUCCAUCGUUCCAUAUUACUGCAGAUCACUCUCUCUCUAUAUAUAUAUACAAGAAAAUGAAUGGUUGUAUGUAUGAAUAUGUGUUAGUGCUCAAACGCAACACGCUGCAAGGUUUUUUUUUACACUUUGAAUUCCAAUCCAUCAAAAAGUCGACGAUGACAGUGAAACCUCCAGUACUUUCAAGAACUCUUGUCAUCCACGUUUUAGACGACUAAACCAGCAAUUUUAGAUUCCAUGGGUAUUUUUGCCAUUCAGUCAAGCAACUGUGAAUAUCCACACAAGAUUUUCUAAGUAAUAUACAAAGAUACUGUCGCUUGCCAGAGAUGUGUGGACGGCAGUUAUGUCGUUAAAAAUUCAAGGUAACAGAAAAAGAGCAAAGUGAAAUUAAGCGUCCUCUUCCAGGUUGGUAUUGAUAGUGCUUGUCCGUUUGACGUCUUCACUGUUGUGUUUCUACUUUUCUGGGAAGACAAGUAAAUAUCAACGGCGUCGAACGGCAAAAGCGUGGCCACUGUGAACAGAGAGCCGGUGUCACCGAGUCCCCGGAUUUCGAUUACCACACAGCGAGCUCCACCCCCAAACCCAGUGUGCAGGUUUUUAUCCUCUUCGGCUCGGCUCACACAUGCUCCAUGUGGCAUCUUAAAGCGUAUGAUUCAUUGUAAAAUCAAGCCCUCAAAAUUAGGGAUGCACCGAUACCGGUAUCGGGUAUCAGGUCCGAUACUGUGCCCAUAACUCGUAAACUAUAAACCAUGAAACUACUCCGAUACUACAGCACCUGGUGCCACUCUGUGGUCCUCUAGUCGGUUGAGCAGGAAAGGCAGCAUUGGUGGAAGAGGAGCAAUGUCAGCAGUUUGUUGAGCGAGUGUUACCUCUAUGUAGAUAUUAUUCAUAUAGACUUUGUAGUUGCAGAAAUAUACUGUACUCAUUCAUUUUUUGGGCAUGGCAUUAUCAAGCAGGGGCAAGUACUCAUAUGUGUACUCGAUAUCGGUAAGUAUCCAAAUGCAAGUACUUGUACUUGGUCUGAAGUGGUAUAGAGGUGCAUCCCUACUCAAAAUAUUUAAGGACAAAGAGUGUGAAUGUGAUCAUAAAAGAAACAACAGGCUGGUCAAAUGUUUGGGAAAUUAAAAACCUGAUGAAACAUUUCAGCCACCACGGGCAUGAGCCACAAAAUGGCACAUGGUAAGAAUCACUGCAAAUGCAAGUCCUAUUAUUUUUUUUUAUUUUUGUCUCACAAAAGCCCCAAAGCAUGCCCGCCUUGUUCUACGUAGCUAUGUGAUAUAUUUUAACACAGUGUAAAUUAAUGCCCGUCCUAGAACACAUUAUUUGCCUUGACAUGAUAAAACCGCCGCAGCUUGCCAUGUAUAAUUUCUGUCACACUCUUGGAUUAAGCCUAGUUCCCAACAAAUACUGCACCAUUUCCCACCGGCAAUCUCCAUUUCACACGACUUUAAGCUUAGGUUUAUCCUAGAGGCCCGUCCUGGAAAUCAUAAUUCUCCCUCUUCUGCUCUGGUAGAUAACUUGUGUCAGGAGAAGCCAAAGUUGAAGUAUAGAUCUUUUGUUUUGUUUUGUUUUGGGGGGGAGGGGGGGUCGAUGAAGGUCAAACUCUUUUUGAAGCAAUGCCACUUGAUAAAGAAGGCAAGGAGACUCUGUAUCGGUUUGGACGCACUUGUUUGUUUUAUGAGUGAUGAUAUCGAGUAUGAUACUCCAGACAAAACCUGCUAUACAUUUCGUCAGAAAAGCCAGUUGGAAAAAAAAGAAAAAAAGAAGAUGUACACCCAAGCAGCGCAUAUAAUCUCACAGCAGUCCCUGCUCUAGCUAAACCACCUCGGCAUGCACAUCAUCUCUCUGUCCAUCCCGUGCACUCUGGUCUAUGUAUAUAGAAUUGGUUUCUGAUGAAUUACUUUUGUAUGAGAUUUAAAAUAUUUAAGAAUUAAAUAAGUCUAUAUGUAAUGAAAGUUGUAUGGGGGGGAACUGUCCUCUCAAUGUUUAUACUCAGUAUCUGAGUUUUACAAAUGUCUGUUUUGUUUUCAUAUGCCUUUUUCUGUUGCAGUUUUGUUUUUUUUAAGUUGACUUCAUAAAGUAUGCAUACUCGCCGCGUGUUGUGAGACUUAUCCUGUCAUAUCAGAAAUAGAAAAUGCACUACACAUAAUAACGUUCGGCCUGCCAGAAUGGAAUGUGUCACUGACAGUAUGAUUAUUAUAAAAGUGUUUGUUCAGACAGAAGUAUUUGGAUUCAAACUGUGACUUCUACAGGAGGAAAGAGAAAUACUGAUGUGACACUCCCUUCGUUUGGAUGUCUAACCCUGUUCAAAGACGAUGCCUGAACCCCUUAGUGGAGUUAUUUCCUGUGUCUGGGACAAAAAAAGGGAUAUUGCAAACCUAUGAAUUCUAAAACAGUAGCCCACAAUUCAUGAUAUAAUGCGGACUCCUUGAACGCUGGCAGUUAUUGGCCCUGGCUUCGUAGAUAUUGAAAAGGGAUUUGUAACAGUAUCACACAGAAAAACAUUUGGAAACAGCCUCUCCCGCAAAGAGCCACAUUAAACUGAGAGAACACCAGUCGAGGUUAAUUGCUGUGCAACAUGUGUAUUUUGCUGGUGUGUGUGUGUGUGUGCGUGUGUCUUAGGAGCAGCCCGAGCGUUUCAGUGUCUGUGAGCGAUGACGUGUUUGGUGUCAAAGGUCACCGCGGGGCCACCAUGUUCCUGUUGUCAUCCGUAGCAGACGCACUGCCCCUGAACAAGCUUUGCUGACUUAAAUUCCGGCUCCCUCAAGUUUCAGCUGCUGGAAUAUUCACCUGUGGUACUGUGACAAAACCUAAAAAGCCAGUUUUCACUUUUUUCUACAUUGACACAGAUUCCAAUAAAUGUAUUUUUUCACCAUG